AUGAACAUCUUGAAAUAUACUCAUAAAAAAUUUGCUGCAUUGGGAUUUACAGCUCUUUCUAUCGCAGCUGGAUCUAUGUACCUUCGAAAGAAAAUUGAAGAUAGUAUAGGAAAUUCAACCGUUUGCAAAUCCUCUAUAGAGGAUUUAUUAAAACAUAAUCCAUCUGUAGAACUAUUAGGCAAACCAGUUACUUGGUGUAAUCCUAGUUUGCUAGAUCGAAGUAAUCGGAUCACAAAAGAUGUAGCAAAUAUUAAUGUUCCAGUAGCAGGACCGAAAAAAGCGGGAUUCUUAGUAAUUGAUGCUUUUAAACAAGAAGCAGACACAACAUGGACAGUAAAUGUUUUAAAGCUUAAACUAGAUGAUACAGAAAUUUUGAUAAAAUAA